AUGAGAGAUCCGGUGACCCUCGCCACCGGCAUCACCUACGACCGAGAGAGCAUCGAGCGGUGGAUAUUCGCCGGGAAGCAUGAGACAUGCCCGGUUAGCAAGCAGCCUUUGCCGGACCUGGAGCUCACCCCCAACCACACCCUCAGGCGUCUGAUCCAGGCAUGGUGCACCGCCAAUGCCUCCCAUGGCAUCGAACGGUUCCCGACUCCCCGCCCUCCGGUCGACAAGGCGCAGAUCGCCGCCCUUCUUGAUGAGGCCAAGCUCCCUCGCUCCCGGAUGAGCGCCCUUCGCAAGCUCAAAGCAAUCAUCUCCGAGAGUGACCGCAACAAACGGUGCGUGGAGGCCGCCGGUGCAGUGGACUUCUUAGCAUCAGUCAUAGAGGAAAGCAGAUCGAACCCAAGAGAACGAGAACAAGAUCAACAAGAUGAAGGGUUGUUCGAUGAUGUAACCGGAUCCGUAAGUGCUGCUCAUGAUGAAGCUCUCAACAUUCUAUACUCUCUCCAAGUCUCGGAACAAAGCCUUCUCCAUCUCAUCGAAAGGAAUAAUGACUUCAUGGAGUCGUUGGCAACCAUUCUACGCCGAUCGAACUAUCAGUCCCGAACUCAUGCUAUGCUGCUGAUCAAAUCUCUACUCUCAGUGAUGGCUCCAGCCCGAUUGAAAGGUUUCAGCAAGGAAUUGUUUGGAGAGGUAGUUAAGGUGCUGCGAGACCAGAUAUCGUACCCGGCCACCAAGGCGGCGGUGCAAGUUCUCGGCGGGCUGAGUCCAUGGGGGAGGAACAGGGUUAAGGCGGUGGAAGCUGGUGCGGUGCGGGUGGUGAUCGAGUUGCUUCUUGACAAGACCGAGAGGAGGGCAUGCGAGAUGAUGCUGGUGGUUCUCGACCAGCUGUGCAGGUGCGCGGAAGGGCGGGCGGAGAUGGUGGGGCAUGCGGCGGGGAUUGCGGUGGUGACGAAGAAGCUGCUUAGGGUUUCGAGGGUGGCGAGCGAGAGGGUGGUGGGGAUACUGUACUCGGCGGCCAGGUUCUCGCCGACACGAGCUGUGCUGCAGGAGAUGAAGCAGGUGGGGGCCGUAGCUAAGCUUUGUAUGCUGCUUCAGGUGGACUGCGGGGAGAAGGCAAAGGAGAAGGUCAAGGAGAUGCUGAGGUUGCACUCCAAGGUUUGGAGGAAUUCUCUUUGUUUAGCUCCUUCAUUGCUGGCUUCAUAUCCUCGUUAG